AUGCUGGAAACAUCAUUGGAAUCAGUCUCUGUGGAUGGAAAUGACAGCAAUUCAAUAGACCCCCGAUCAAAUCUUGGGGAUCUGGAGCGAAAGGUUUGCGUUGUCACGACGGCAGCAUUACCGUGGCGGACAGGGACAUCGGUAAAUCCACUAGCAAGGGCGCUGUAUUUGACGAGGGGUCGUCUUCGGCACAAGGUUACGUUGGUUAUACCAUGGCUUCCAAAGAAAGAAGAACAGUCUCUUCUCUUUGGUGACUAUACAUUUGAAUCCGAAAAGGAUCAAGAGAAUUGGAUUAGGGAGUACUGCAAGGACAGAAUGGGCUGUGAAGAGGAGGAGUUCAUGUUGAGCAUCAUCUUUUAUGAAGCUUACUACAAUGCCGCGUUUGGUUCGAUAUUUCCGACCGUGGACAUCUGUUCUUUAAUUCCAGACGAAGAUGCUGACAUUGCCAUCCUAGAGGAACCAGAGCACUUGACAUGGUUUCGUGUACCGGAUGAGGUAGAGGAAGGCGACGAAGAUGCUGCCAAUAAAGCACUUCUUGGUUGGAAGUUCAAAUUCAAAUACGUCGUUGGCAUACUGCACACGAACUACGACAUGUAUGUCAAGCAACAAGGCAUUGGGACGUCGAUUAUUGCUGCUCCUGUGCUGUCUUCUCUGAGCUCGUUGGUUGUCCAAGCAUACUGUCACCGAGUGGUCCGGCUAAGCGCCACGCUCCCGGAAUUGGAACCCAGUAGAGAAAAAACUUGUAAUGUGCAUGGUGUCAGAUCCGAAUUCUUUGAAUCACCCGGUGAAUACAAGCCCGAAGUUGAACCUGUUCCGGUGUACUUCAUUGGAAAAUUGGUAUGGGCCAAAGGCUUCGAUAAGCUGCUCGACAUUGCAGAUGCAUUCAAACGCAGUACAGGCGGGUACUUCCCGAUUGACAUAUAUGGAUCUGGUCCAGACAAAGAAGCAAUAAGUCGGGCCUUCUUGGGACGAAAGGGUGUUAUCAAGGCCGAUGAGGCUCUUCAGGAAAAUCUGAAGACGGAAGCUGACGCUAGCAUACAGGAUUUCUUUAGCGCAGAUGGGUCACUUCGAAAGCUUGUUGAGAAAAGCGAAUUUGAGCAAAGCGGAAGAGGUGAAUCGAAACCUUUGGAAAGCCUUGGGCCAAAUCCACUAGACAUCAUUGGAGACAUUUCAGGGAAAUCAAUGAAUGCUGGAGUUUCUACAACCACCGCUAUUGCCAACUUAUGCAAGAGAUCAGUUGAAUUGGGUUUUCACUCCACUUUCUCUGAGAAUUUGGAAAAGGAUUCGACAUCCAAAGGGUACCGCCUCGAUCUCCCGCGAUCCAAGUACGAAUUGCGGCAACAUCCUAUUCCAGCCAGAUUUCUAGGCACAAUCGAUCACGCCGUAAUAAAGGAUAUACCUGAGUACAAGAUUUUCUUGAAUGUUUCCGAAUCCGAAGUAUUGUGCACAACCACUGCCGAAGCUUUGGCAAUGGGAAAGUGGGUAAUCAUCCCGAAUCACCCUUCGAAUGAUUUCUUCCCACAGUUUUCGAACUGCCUAGAGUUUUCGGACGAAAAUGAAUGCAUUGAGAAGAUACAGCAUGCUCUCGCCAAUGAUCCACAACCAUUAUCGGAAAUGGACCAGAUGAAGCUGUCAUGGGAAGGGGCAGUAAAGCGACUCUACGAGUCAACGGCGAUGUCAACAGAAGAAUUUGAGAAACGGGACAUCUCUGCAGAGAAGGAUCUGACGGUUUCGUCUGGACUUCAACCGCAAAGAGCCCUGCAACCGAUCAAGAAAGCAAAACUUCAUCCAAUCGAAGAAGUGAUGUCAACUCAAGAAGCUGAGAAUAAGAAGGAUGGUUCCUCAUCGAGGAAGCGACGGCUUAGCAAGAGAGAACGUCGCGCUUUGAAGAAACAACGAAAGCAAGGACUCAGUGAAACUUCCGAAGCCACUUCAACCUCAACCGAACCAGUAGGAGUCCGCGCAAGCAACACAAACGACGAAUCCGCAUUUCUCAAAGCGUACGAAGCGAUACCCGUUCCUGCGAGUCCAUCAGCUGAAGUACUUGCCAGUAGCAAUAUUGGUUUGCGUGCUUCAAGCGAUGAAUUGCUUGAAGGCGGCGGCCCCGGCAGUGGAAAAACGCUUGGAAAGUGGUUUCCAAAUGCUCAGCUGAUCAAGUGCGCCGUCAGUUACACAAAUACGGGUCAACUAAUGCUGAACGGCCCAAAUGUAGACAAGUCUGUUCGAGUUGAAAGCCCACGAUCGUCGCUCGUGUUAUUCUAUCAAUACACGAAGCAACAAAAGUGGUCACAAACCCGCCUGAAGAUCUUGAUGACAUACCUCACGUCAGUAGCAAAGAAGAGGAAUAUUGGUGGAAGGAUUCGAGUGGCACAGGAAGGAGUCAAUGCUACAGUAUCUGCAAUCGAUGUCUCCGGUACUUCUGCACAAACAACCCUUCGACAUUUCGCCCAAGACCUUCGGAAUUUUGAUCCUGAUGUCUUUUCUCAGACAGAUUUCAAGUUCAUUGAUGAUCUUCCUGCCGAUCGACAUUUCAAGGAAUUGAAGGUUGUCCCGGUCCAGGAGCUAGUUUUCUAUGGCAUUCAAGAGAAUGAUGCCCCGCUAGAUGGCCCAGAGGAAACAGACGGUAUCAAAGGAGGUGUUCACUUGGAAGCCAAGGAGUAUCAUGAAAUGAUGGGAAAAGACAAUACUGUGAUUAUUGAUGUCCGGAAUCAUUACGAGGCGAUUAUUGGUCGCUUCGAUGGACAGCAAAAGAAAGAAUCUUCCAAAGGUAGUGGUGCAAAAUCGAAGAAUACUGAAAAUGCCAGCAAGAGUGGAGCAGAGUAUUUGGAUCCACUGAUGCGAAAGAGUACCGACUUCAAAUCAUGGUUGGCGAAAGAUGCGACCCAAGAAAAAUUGAAGGAUAAGACAGUCUUGAUGUAUUGCACAGGUGGUAUUCGAUGUGAGCGGGCGUCAGCCUACUUGAAGAAGGAAAUGGGGAGUGAGGUGAAAGGUGUUUAUCAAUUGCAAGGUGGGAUUGAGAGGUACUUGAAGGAAUUCCCAGAUGGAGGAUAUUGGAGAGGGAAAAACUUUGUUUUUGACAAACGAGAAGCUGUUGGUGUGGAUAAUCCCGAAGGUGACGGUGGUGUUAUCCGAAAAGGAGACAAAAAGAAAGCUGCCAAGAAGAUAGAUGAAGCCAAGUGUGUGGUUUGCAGCGCGCAAUGGGACAGAUAUGUUGGCAAGAAGAAGUGCUAUACAUGUGGUGUGCCUGUCUUGAUGUGUGAAAAAUGCAUGUCCCUCAAACCAGACAAGACGCCAGGAAUGAAACUGAAGGUCCGAUGCCCACUCUGUGUUACUGAAAAUAUCACAGUACCGGCAUCGGAGGCGGAGUUCACUGAUAAUGGCAUCAAGAACAAAGUUCUUGGAGAUGACCAAAAGCAUGUAGCUACAUCAGUUUUGAAAUGGGGUGGCGGGCAUUCCACCAAAAAGAAACAAGGUCGCAAACAAGCAAGCUACCGGUAG